UCCCGGAAGUGUCUGAGGACGAGGAUCUGGCAGCAAACAAGUUAGAUUUUUUUCUCAGCAAUGGCUAACAGUAAUUUAACCUUAAUAAGAGUCAGUGCUACAUUUGUACUUUAGGGUGAAAGUGUUUAGAAAGUUUAGGAAACUAAUGUAGUUGCAUGUUAGGGAUAUAGAGCAAUUCUGAGGCAGGAAAAUGAAUGAACUGAAGAGUCAAAAAUUGCAAAAUGCAACAAAAGAAAAACUGAGAAAAUUCAAUUCAUUACGUGGGAAAGAAGUGCAAAAUGGAGAAUUUUGGGAUCUAGUGGUGAUAACGUCUAUGGAUGAGCAUCAGAAAGCAGCAUAUGAGCUUCAGAUAACUGGUAAACUUGGAAGAAAAGAGCUGCCACUUGGCACACAAUAUCACGUGUUCUCAGAUCCUCCUGGAUCUAAAAUAGGAAAUGGAGGUUCAACCCUGUACUCACUCAUGCAGUUGGAUGAGAUAUAUGGGAAGGCUCUUGGCAGCUUUAGGGUCAUACUGAUCCAUGCUGGAGGUUUCAGCCAGCGUCUGCCCAAUGCUAGUGCCCUGGGAAAGAUCUUCACAGCACUGCCCCUGGGUGACCCCCUGUACCAGAUGCUGGAGCUCAAACUAGCCAUGUAUGUGGAUUUCCCCUCACACAUGAGGCCUGGUGUGUUGGUGACCUGUGCUGAUGACAUAGAGCUCUACAGCAUAGCAGAGAACGAGAAUAUCAAGUUUGACAGGCCUGGCUUCACUGCUUUAGCCCAUCCCUCUCCUCUCUCCAUUGGAACGACACAUGGAGUGUUUGUAUUGCGGUCUAACGAGGAGUCUGAAAUCUCUGAGAUGCAAAACAAGUCCUGCCUCCAGUUUCUACACAAGCCCAGUAUUGACAAGAUGCGUGACAGUGGUGCUGUUUGCAAGAGUCACAGUGGCUGUGCAUUUACAAGUGAUUCUGAGUUUGUGUACACAGACAGUACAUAUUAUGUGGACAAUUCUACUACAAUGGCCCUGCUUGGCUUACUGAGAGAGAUAGGGCCUUUAAACUGUGAGAUAGAUGCGUAUGGGGACUUUCUUCAGGCUCUGGGCCCCGAUGCUACCAUUGACUAUACCAACAAUACGACCAACGUCACCAAACGGGAAACAAGCCUAGUCAAUAUUCGCCAGACUAUUUUCCACCAUCUCAGGGGAACUCCACUCAAUGUCAUCCUCCUCAACAACUCCAAAUUCUACCACAUUGGCACCACCACCGAAUACCUCUUUCACUUUACAGAGGACCUGAGCUUGAGAAGUGAACUGGGCAUUCUCUCCUCUGUCUUCAGUGUUUGUCCAUGUGAAACCUAUGAGAGGCCCACAAUCUGCUGUGUCAUGCACAGCGUCUUAGAUCCCAGCUGCUCUGUGUCCCCGCGGUCCGUGGUAGAGUACUGUAGGCUUGAGGCCGAUGUGAAGGUGGGUGAAGGCUCCAUCCUCAGUGGCUGCUGGGUCAACUCAAGCCUGUCCAUCCCCAAGGGGGUCUUCAUGCACUCACUGUGUGUGAACCGCGAAGGCCAGAAAGGCUUUGUGACAGUCGCCUUCGGUAUUGAAGACAACCUCAAACAGAGCGUGGAAGCCCCUUCCUACAUGGAGAAGCUGAGUCUGUUCGGGGUGAGUCUUGGGAAGUGCCUAGCCUGUUGGAGUCUGGGUAAUGAAGUCCUGCAUUUCUCUGGUAGCAUGUCAAGCUGUAGGCUCUGGAACGCCUGUCUGUUCCCUGUGUGUCCAGACCUGCGUACUUCAUUCAAAAUGAGUCUGGAGAUGGUGCAGGCACUGCUCGGGAACUCUACCAUCAAGCAUCCCUCAAACACCAGAAUUACAUCCAUGGAGGAGGCCCUUCAGUGUAAGAACCUGGAGGAGAUGCUCUCUUUCAGAGAAGGACUGUACAAGGACAUAAUGCAGAAGAAAUGUAACUGAAUGUAAGGUCACAGCUGGACUUUUGUCUGUUGAGUAUCAUCAUAUUAACUUAUGAUUCAGACCUAUUUGUGCUUAAUUGAUGGGAUUGAAUGUGUAAGAUUUCCUAAGUGAAAUAUAGAAAUGGUUUCAUUUCAACCAUGUAAUUAUACCAUGUAAACAUACACUACAUAGAUUUAGUAAUUUGUAUGUGAUAAUGUGUGUAAUUUGUACAAUAUAAAUGUCGGGUAACCUGAGAUAACAAUAUAA